AUGCACACCUGCCCGACAGCUGCAUUUGAGGCCCUGCUGGAGCUCACCCCGCUACACCUACUAAUUGGUCAAGUCGCCAAGUACACUCUGCUUCAAAUGACAGCAGAGGGGACUGGAAAAGGUAAAAUUAUCUCGUCCCAACGCAUGGAAGAGCUAAGUGGCAUCAUACCACUGGCUCCUCUUCCAAGGGACGGCAUUAACAAAAAGCUGAACUUCACUAAGAAGUUUAAGAUCACCCUCGGCAGCAAGGCUGAAUGGAGCGACUCCGCAUUCGAGCUGCUACUCAGGGAUAGCUCGAUUAGGUGGUACACCGACGGCUCGAAAACGUCGGAGGGAAUUGGCGCAGGGGUCGCAGGACCACGCACAAAACUCUCCAUACCUAUGGAGUUAAACCUCCAACGCGGCUAUCGCAACGAACGUAUAGCUAUACUCAGCGAUAGCCAAGCGGCACUCAAGGCGAUCUCGUCAUACGAGUUAAAAUCGCUAUUGGUGCAGGAGUGUAUAGACCGGCUCAACAGUCUUGCAGAAUGCAACCAGGUGCACCUUAUUUGGGUGUCAGGCCACAGAGGCAUCGCCGGUAAUGAACUGGCCGAUGAGCUUGCCCGCUCUGCAGCAUCCACCAGCAUGGUAGGACCGGAACCUUUCAUAGCGGUGGGUCCCACACCAUAA